UCAGAUUAACAAGGCUGCGCGCGGCGGAACGAUCACAGCGCGAGACAGAGAGAGUUCUGAGACUCAGUCAUCAUGCCUGUGGCUGCCACUGGCACGGAGCCUGCCGUGUUGCAGGUUCUGGACACUCUGAGUGAUAGCACCAGUUCCACAACCGCAAAUGAUCUGGACCUCAUCUUCCUGAAGGGCAUCAUGGAGAGUCCAGUGAGUGCAGAGAGUCCGGAGGAGCCUCGGCUUGAGGCGGUCAGAGACAAUAAUGUGGAGCUGGUUCAGGACAUCCUGAGGGAGCUGAGUCCGUUCACACACCGCAGCAAUACGGCCGCCGAGCUUUCGAACAUCCUGAACCAGCCACACUUCCAGUCUCUCCUGGAGACCCACGACUCUGUGGCGUCACAGACGUGUGAGACUCCGCCCCCCAGCCCACGGGCCUUCGUGGAGCCCACCGUCAGUCUCCCACCUGUCCCAGCUGAUGCUGUGCGUAUGGUGGGCAUCCGCAAAGUGGCCGGAGAACAUCUGGGUGUGACGUUUCGUGUGGAGAACGGAGAGUUGGUGAUUGCGCGGAUCCUCCACGGUGGAAUGAUUGACCAGCAGGGUCUCCUGCACGUGGGGGAUAUUAUAAAGGAAGUGAACGGUAAAGACGUUGGUGAUGACCCACGGGUUCUGCAGGAGAUGCUGCAGGAGGCCAGCGGCAGCGUGGUGCUCAAAAUCCUCCCCAGCUACCAGGAGCCCCAUCCGCCCAGACAGGUCUUUGUGAAGUGCCAUUUUGAUUAUGAUCCGGCCAAUGACAACCUGGUCCCCUGUAAGGAGGCGGGGCUUCAGUUCUGUACCGGAGACAUCCUGCAGAUUGUCAACCAGGAGGACGUCAACUGGUGGCAGGCUCAGCGUGUGGAGGGAGGGAGCGCAGGACUGAUCCCCAGUCAGCUUCUGGAGGAGAAGAGGAAAGCGUUCGUAAAGAGAGACGUGGAGCUCCCGCCAGCAGGGACGCUGUGCAGCGGAAUUGGGAACAAGAAGAAGAAGAAAAUGAUGUAUUUGACCACCAAAAAUGCAGAAUUUGACAGGCAUGAGCUGCUGAUCUAUGAGGAGGUGGCGCGGGUGCCGCCGUUUCGGAGGAAAACGCUGGUUCUGAUUGGAGCUCAGGGAGUGGGCCGGCGCAGCCUGAAGAACAAACUGCUGGUGUCUGAUCCGCAACACUAUGGCACCACCAUUCCCUACACCUCCAGGAAGCCCAAAUCAGGUGAGAGGGAGAAUAUGAUGUACGCCUUCACGUCCAGAAGCAAGAUGGACGCAGAUAUUAAAGCCGGUCGUUACCUGGAGCACGGAGAGUACGACGGAAACCUCUACGGCACCAAGAUCGACUCCAUCCACGAGGUGGUGGAGGCCGGACGCAUCUGCAUCCUGGACGUCAACCCGCAGGCCUUGAAGGUCCUCAGGACGUCUGAGUUCCUGCCUUACGUGGUGUUCAUCGAGGCCCCUGAGUUUGAGGUCCUGAAGGCCAUGAACAGGUCAGGCAUUGAGUCCGGCGUGGUCACCAAGCAGCUAACGGAUGCGGAGCUGAAUCGGAUAGUGGAGGAGAGCAGCCGGAUUAAGAGAGCGUACAAACACUACUUUGACCUCACCAUCGUAAACGACAACCUGGACGGAACGUACCGCAGCCUGAAGGCGUCUAUGAAGAAACUCAGUGGCGAGCAGCAGUGGGUACCGGUCACCUGGGUGUUCUAGACACAAAAAAACAUCAUUCAUCAUGCAAUUUGGUUCCUUCACAGAGAGGAAUAUUUGAAUUUAUUAGCUGAGCGUUUGGAGAUUUCACAGGUUCAGGAGCUCUGGUGCUGGGUGUGUGGGUGUGGUUUCUGCUCUCCCUGCUCAUACACUACUGAUGCUCACACACUGUAUGUGUUUGUUGAGCAGCAGAAUGUCACAAACAUCAUUGUUAUAUGGUUUACAGUUCAUUUCAGUUUUGUUUUGAAAUAGGAGGGCUGGGUAAAAACAUCCUGAACGUUGCUCUCGCAGACUCAGUCUGGCAUUACAGCAGAUAUUUAAAGCUCUAUUGGAGCUGGAUUAGUUUUAACAAAGGAGGUUGUGCAUUGUAAUAUGUGCCAUUUGAUUGGUCGAUUUGUUUAGGAUGAAGUAUCUGAUUUAAUUUCCCCAGAUUCCCACUGAUAGCCCAGAUUGAAAAAUCAUAGCCCGGAUAUUUAUGUCAGUUUUACACCACAAUAUGUGUUUAACAACAACACUCCACAUAGCUGUGCCUGUUAGCCACGUUGCAGGAGGCCAUUCAAACUGGAUUAAAACCACUCCACAAUUAUUACCGUCAGACUGUAAAAACUACACACACUGCAGAUUCA